UUGGUUGUAGCUGAAUUCACGAAUAUUUUUAUAUGAGUACAAACUGUAAAGCAAGCCACCAGCUUUUACUUAAAGAUUCAAAGAGUGGUUGAUGUUCAUAACAAUUUCAAACAAUACCAACACUUAUCUUUAUAUUAAGAAAUCAUCUCUCCUAAAGUUCCAAUUGUUAGAAGUGGGAAGAAACAAUCAAAAGUUCAAAUACUCACUUCAGGCAAAAGAAGUCUUUAUCUUACCUAGAUAUCCACCCUCAACUCCGGAUCUUCCUCACUUUCUCACCCCCACUCAUUCUUCACAACAAUUGCGAUAAAAACGAGAUGUCUGCGGUUCGAAGUACAAGCCGAGCCUUUGCAGGUGUUCGCAGAACUACAACUCAAUCUCUACGAAGAGAGUUUGCGACAGUAGCUGAUAGUCCCAUUCGAUUUGCCUGCAGGCCCCCCGCAUCGCCCGCCUUAUUAUGUCCCUUCUCGGUAUCAGGAUCGCGUCCUAGUACGAAGCAAAUGUGUGAAAUCAGACAAAACACAAGAUCUACAGCUGCUCGUCGAGAGUUCUCUGCAACUUCAAAAGCUUUGCAUGGCCAUAUAACCCCUCCUAAGCCCGGGGAAGAGUAGGACUUUUCACUCGUCGAAUUUGUCACUGAACCCAUGUUGAUGAAUCGCAGGUUACAUGUUACUUUUUUCGACAAGGAGGGAGAUGAACACACAUUCAAAGUCUCAGCAGGGGACAAUCUUUUGGAUAUAGCACAGGCCAAUGAUUUGGAAAUGGAAGGUCCGUAUUUUAGUUCAUCACCAUUCGAUCACAAACUAAUAAUCAUUCUAGGGGCCUGUGGGGGAUCUUGCUCAUGCUCAACAUGUCAUGUUAUAGUCGAAGAUGAAGAAUUCUAUAAUAAAAUGGCCGAGCCGGACGAUGAUGAGAACGACAUGUUGGACUUAGCGUUCGGAUUAAGAGAGACAUCGAGAUUGGGCUGUCAAAUUGUGAUGUCAAAAGAAUUAGAUGGAUUGCGCGUAAGACUCCCUUCUAUGACACGGAACCUUCAGGCUAGCGAUUUUAAGAGUUGAGCCGGAGGAGGGCUUAACUUAUCACCUGUAUGAUCACGAAUGACUUGCAACGCUAUUCCUAAAUAAUGGUGCAGGAAAGCAUUGCAUUUGGGUCGUAGGAUGGACACAUUAAAAAGGGUAUUUAUCAUUUGUACAUAUAAUCCGCACCAUGAGGGACACGGGCUUGCUGGAUGCUUUAUAUGAACGAAACCUCCAAGAGGAGUAAAAUCGCACCUCCAACGCCAUACCAUGGAGAAUCUGAUUAGAAUUUUUUCU